UAGAAUUUUAUUUUGAAUACUAAUCCACUCUAUAUGAUCUUCUUGUUUAGAUUUGAACAAGUACAAAUUCUUCUGAUUUUUGUUUUUCCUUGGUUCGAAAGGUUUCUAAUUUUGGUGUUUAUCAUUAACACUUCAUAUACAAAUGGGGUAUUGUGUAUAGUCUGGUCACCAAUAUAGAGGUUGUUGUAAAGAAUCAAGAAUGGCGGCGAACCUCGCUGCAGGUGGUGCUAUGGGAGUACCAUUUAAUGCGCUCUAUGAAGCCAUUAAGCAAGUGGUGGUCAAGACUAGAAUGUUUAAACCACUUGUUGAAGACCUGAGGUCGAAGAUAAACGCCUUGAAACCCCUCAUCGAUGCAAUGGAGAUCUGCAAUAUAGCUCUGGGGAUUUCAGAGGACGAACUUAGAGAUUUCAAAAUGCAAAUGGAGAAGGGACCCAAGCUUAUUCUCAAGUGUUCCAAUCUUAGUGUAUGGAAGACUUACAAAAAGUAUAAAUACAGUAACCAACUUCUUGAAUUGCAGAACUCUCUUCAGAAUCUGCUACUUGUACUGUCAGUGCAACAAGCAAGGGAUGGGAAGGUGAACUUGGUUGCAACAAGGAAUAUAGAGACGGUGGUGCAGCGAGUGGAUGUGAAUGUUGCGGCAUUGAGACAACACCAAGAGAUGAAUGUUACGAAUCAAUUAAGAAGCAUAAGCAGUACCGCGAUCCAGCAUAUUGAAAACCAAGGUCAGGUACAAAAUCGAAUAGAUUGUGAAGCACCUGAACCGCCACGGGUUACAGUUGGAUUGGAAGGGCCUUUGAUGGAAUUGAAGAUGAAGCUUCUUAAGAAUAAUAAUGUGUCAAUGGUUGUGCUGACUGCUCCAGGAGGAUCCGGGAAAACCACAUUGGCCACAAAGUUUUGUCAAGAUGAGGAAGUGAAAGAUAUAUUCAAGAACAACAUCUUCUUUGUCACUGUUUCAAAGAAGGCAAACUUCAACCUUAUUGUACAAGGACUACAUCAACGCAAGGGUACCGAAGUACCUACUUUCGAAGAAGAAGCAACUGCCCUCAAGUGGUUGCAUAAGUAUCUGAAGGAAGAAGGACAGACACCUGUACUGUUGGUCCUGGAUGAUGUUUGGCCUGAAUCAAAAUCUCUUCUUGAAAUUUUUGAUGAAGUGAAAGGGCCGAAUUUCAAGAUUUUGGUGACAUCAAGAUCACAAUUUGCAGGAUAUGGUUCUCUAUACACACUAAAAUCAUUGAAUGAGGCAGAUGCGAUGACUCUUUUCCGUAAUUCAGCAUCCCUGGGAGAUGGGAGCUCUAGUGUUCAAUGGACCAAACUUAUUACAAAGAUAGUAGAGCGCUGUAAGGGACAUCCACUUGCCAUUAAAGUGGUCGGAAAAUCUCUUCGCGGACAAUCUUUUGAGUUCUGGAGGAAAAGAGAAAUGGAGUGGUCUAAAGGUGAUUCUAUUAUUGAUUCUGAAACUGAAGUGCUUCGUUCCCUUCAAAGUAGCUUCGAUGCCUUGGAUGAAAAAGGAGCUAUCAUAAAGGAAUGUUUUUUAGACCUUGGUUCAUUUCCUGAAGACCAAAGAAUUCCUGUUGCUGCUCUAAUUGAUAUGUGGGCAGAGUUGCAUGAGCUAGAUAAAGAUUUCCUGGCUGUUACACACCUGCAAGAGCUUACCACACGAAGUCUUGCUGAUCUAGUCACAAGGAAAGAUGCAGUGGAGGGUGAUGAGUACUACAAUGAACACUUCGUCACUCAACAUGACUUGCUUAGAGAGCUGGCUAUCUACCAAACCAAGUUAGAUCCAAAUAAACAAAGACUGAUAAUAGGCAACAAUGGAGACGAUCUACCCAAGUGCUUGAGAGAACAAACGGAUCGACCCAUCAAGCCUCGCCUAUUAUCUAUCUCCUCUGAUGGAGUGUUCUCAACAAGUUUGCACAACAUUGAACUAGCAGAGGUUGAAGUUCUGGUUUUGAAUUUCGACACAAAGGACUAUGCAUUUCCCGGAUUUGUGGAGAAAAUGGACAAUCUGAAGGUUCUAAUAGUCACAAAUAAUGGUUUCUUACCUGCUGAGCUGAGUAAUUUUCACCUACUGGAUUCUUUAUCAAAUCUGAAGAGAAUCAGAUUAGAGCGUGUUUCAAUUCCUUCCAUAACCAAGAACCCCCUACAGUUGAAGAGUCUAAAGAAGAUCUCGUUAUUCAUGUGUAGCAUCGGAGAAGCUUUCAAUUGUUCCUUCCGAGUUUCACAUGCAUUUCCAAAUUUAGAGGAAAUGCAUAUUGACUAUUGCAAUGAUUUGGUGGAAUUACCUGAUGAGCUAUGCAAUCUGGUUCGCCUAAACAAGCUCAGUAUCACACACUGUCCUAUUCUAUCUGCCUUGCCUGAAAAGAUUGGAGAGUUGGAAAACUUGGAAGUGUUGAGGCUAAGGUCCUGCACAGAUUUAGCAGAAUUGCCAAGCUCAACUACCAACCUCAAGAAGUUAAACUUUCUUGACAUAUCCUAUUGCUUGAGCAUCAAGGAACUGCCUAAACAGAUUGGAGAAAUGAGCAGUUUAAUUAGGAUCAAUAUGAGAGAAUGCUCAAGAUUGAAGGCACUGCCUAUAUCAAUUUGUGAUCUUGAGAAUAAUCUAGAGGAAGUGAUAUGCGAUGACGAGACAGAAGAGUUGUGGGAACCCUUCUUACCUAGACUGAACAAAGGAGUGGUAAGGGCUGUCGAGGAAGAAUUCAACCUAACUUGGCUCCAAAAGUUUUAGUCUUGAGGGCGUUAUUUCCUUUCAUAAAGUGUUGGAGCUAAGUGAUUUGUGGUUCAUCUGUUUUGCAUAAGUUUUUCUCUUUUUAAGAAUAAGAACAUUGUAAUGAUCCAAUCUAGGUGUGCUCUACACUGGGUGGACUUACUUGGAAAAGUGACUGCAGUGUACAAUUUCAUGAAUCUCGAUCUGGUCAGCAGUUUAAU